CUCCCCACAUCCCCUCUACCUGCCCAGUUCCCGACGCGAAGCGCAGGCUGCGAGCCAGCCGGGCCGAGCCCACAACUUUGCAGCCUCGGGCAGGGCGAGAGCCGGCGUCUGGGGCUCCUCUUGUCGGCGACCAGAGCUCGGAAUGUAAUCGAGGAUGCUGGCCUUGCGGCUGCUCAACGUGGUGGCCCCCGCCUACUUCUUGUGCAUCUCCCUGGUGACCUUCGUGCUGCAGCUCUUCCUCUUCCUGCCCAGCAUGCGCGAGGACCCCGCGGCCGCCCGGCUCUUUUCGCCGGCCCUGCUCCACGGGGCGCUUUUCCUAUUCCUCUCGGCCAACGCCCUGGGCAACUAUGUCCUGGUCAUCCAGAACUCCCCGGACGACCUGGGUGCCUGCCAGGGGGCCUCGGCCACGAAGGCUCCGUGCCCCUCACCUAGCACUCACUUCUGCCGAGUGUGCGCCAGAGUCACCCUGAGGCACGACCAUCACUGUUUCUUCACCGGCAACUGCAUCGGCAGCAGGAACAUGCGCAACUUCGUCCUGUUCUGCCUCUACACCUCCCUGGCCUGCCUCUACUCCAUGGUGGCCGGUGUGGCCUACAUCUCCGCGGUCCUUUCCAUCUCCUUCGCCCACCCCCUGGCCUUCCUCACGCUCCUGCCCACCUCCAUCAGCCAGUUCUUCUCCGGAGCUGUCCUGGGUUCUGAAAUGUUCGUCAUCCUCAUGCUCUACCUCUGGUUCGCCAUCGGCCUGGCCUGCGCCGGCUUCUGCUGCCACCAGCUGCUGUUGAUUCUCCGUGGGCAGACCCGCCACCAGGUGCGGAAGGGGGUGGCAGUGAGGGCCCGUCCUUGGCGCAAGAACUUACAAGAGGUCUUCGGAAAGAGGUGGCUGCUGGGCCUGCUGGUUCCCAUGUUCAAUGUUGGAAGCGAGAGCUCCAAGCAGCAGGAUAAGUAGCAGACACUCCCAUCAUUUAUCUCCCUCUCUCUCUGUCUUGACUCCUCCUGAGCAUAAAACCACGGCAGCCUUGUUUCCACCCAUUACCCACUACAAUUUGUGCUGGUAAGGUCCUAGCAUCUUCCCCUUGUCUUCCACCCAGGAGAACAGUGUGGGCUGGUGGAUCAUGACAAGGAGGAAAAAUGUCGACCCUGGCAUUGCUAGGCUCCUCAUGAGCCAGCCACGUGGCUGCUGGCCAUUAGGCUGCCUCUGCUUUCGUUCCUUCCCCUUGAGACCCCUACUUUCCCCUCUUCCUGGCUCAUCCCUUCUCCACCAUGUUUAAGUCAUCACUGCUGUCUGCUGGAGCCCUUCCUCUCAGCCUCCAUGUUGGGAGAGGGGAGUGGAUUCUUGCUGCUGGUAUGAGACUCCCUGGGACCUAGAGGCUGACAAAUAUUUAAAAUCACCACGUGUAAGAGGCAGCCAAGUCAGCUCUGCCAACUGCUAGGGGAGUUGGGAAAGAGUGGGUGUGUGUCCACAUCCCCUCUGUAGGAAAAAGAAUUUAGUGGCUUGCUGCCCCUGCCCCCACCAUCCCAGGUUCAAGACCUCUUUUCUGGGAGACAGCAAUCAAUGGCCUGCUUUUUACAACUGCUACUCCCUGUCCACCUUUCCCCACCUGGCCAGCCCAGCCCAGCCCAGGGUCUGGCUGGAUGCUUCCUCUCCCUGGAACUCUUCCAGCUUUUCUACUUGAUCUCCAGCCCCCAGGUCUUUGCCAGAUGCUGGGAAGGCAAGGAAGAAGGGAGAGGGAAGGAGAAUUACUGAUAAAUGAAGGGGGCAUUCAACUGUAUAACCAUAUGGAAGGGUGUGUGUGUGUGUGUGUGUGUGUGUGUGUGUGUGUGAGAGAGAGAGAGAGAGAGAGAGAGAGAGAGAGAGAUAGAGAGAGAGAGAGGUGGUGGUGAGAUGUGUUGUUAGAAACACGUAGGAAUAAUGUCUAGGGGAAAGGGAGAAGUGAGAACAAUUGGGUUCAUUAAUGCCCUGUACAAAGGGCAUUACAGCAGCUGAAACUGUUCAACGUUUGAAUGGCUACCUGCCUGUGAAGCUAGUGAGUACCCCAUCACUGAAGGUAUUCCAGCAGAGUCUAGGUAGUUGUCUGCCAGGCAUGCUGUGGAAGGGAUUUCUACACAGGGUCAUUCUAGGUGAGCUUACACCUUCCUUCCAACCCCAAGGUUCUGGUGUCCUGGUUGUGAUUGCUGGACCCAGAGGCAAGAUCUGCAGAGAUGCCUGUGAGAUAUUUGCUUUCCUGGAGGGGAGUGUGGGCAUGGAAGGCAUCUGAUAAUCAGAACCCAACAGCCACUGAAGAGAGUCUCUGCAGAGACAGGGCUAUCUGGGUGGUUGAGGGGACUGGUAUUUGAGAAAAGGGAGAUGGAGCAGUGUCAGUGUUGGUGGCCGGAGGAAGGGGGGUGGGGUGGGCAGUGGUGAGUUAAGGCUGGGGAGUGGAGAUGACCAGAAUAUAAGGGUGCAAUUCCCAGACCAUCCCUGCACAUCUGACUAACUCCUGUGGAGGCACUGCUGUGUGUUUUGAAACAGAGGACCAGACCCUUGGGGCAUAUGAGGAAGUGGGGACAACACAAGCGCCUCCUCCUGACUGGUCCCAAAGUCAAUAUGACAUUCAUGCGGGCAGCAGUGCUGCAUCCACACCCUGCAAUGUCCAACCACUGACCUCAGCAAUCCCUAUGAGAGUGGCACAACACCCUCGGUUCUUGAGCAGAGCUUGGGAGGACUUGACAGUGGUUCUGCCUUCAUGCCCCCUAGCAUUGGCUUGACCUGCUCAUACUUCUCCCUCCCAUAUUCAUUCAUUUAUUCAUGCAUCCAUCCUACAUAUAUUUAUUGACUGCCAACUACAUUCCCAGCCUCUUCCAGGCACUGGCAAUGCAGUGGUGAACAGGAUGACAAGAUUCAUGCCAUCAGGGGCACCUUGCCACUGCCUCCUGGGCACUGAUUCACACCCCCUGAAAAAUGGUCACUCUGCCACCUUGGUGGUUGGUGGACAGGUCAUUUGGAAAGAAAGGAUGUGAUAGAGAUGCUGAAGAGGUGAAGCCUAGGCCACCUCAAUGGAGAAGUCACUGGGGGCAUCUUCACUCCCAAUUCUGGCCAUACUUAAGCAACGGGAGGAAGAGGGAGGAGGGGAAGGUCUGGGCAAUUUAGGCCUUGACUCUUUCCUGACCCCGGGGCUCAAGCUUGGAAGCCAGCCCUGCCAUUUCCAGCCUCAUGAAGUCUCAGCACGGUGAGGCCUGACAUCCUGGGGAAGGGCAACAGGGCGACCUCCAGGGUGUUGGCUGCUUGAGACCGGUCAAUGGGGUGAUGGCGGGGAGGGUGUCAGAUGUGAGACUUGAGUAGCAUUUGUACACAUGGCUGCUGUAUUGUCCAUGAAGAACAUCAAUAAAAUACAUGGUUUUAAA